AUAAGUUUAUCCAGAAAGUAGGCUCUAGACUCUUCCAUCAUCACUUGCCCGACCUUUUACCUCUCCGUUUGUAUGGGAAACUUACUGAGAAACCCAAUUCCAAUUCCGAAAAGCAAAAUGGGCGACGAAGAGAAGGCAGCUCUGGUCUUGGACAAUGGAUCCGGUCUGUGCAAGGCGGGCUUUGCCAACGAUGAUGCUCCGUGUGCCGUCUUUCCAUCGAUUGUCGGACGACCACGUCACCAGGGCGUCAUGAUUGGCAUGGGCCUGAAGGAGUCGUAUGUGGGCGACGAAGCCCAGACGAAGCGUGGCGUCCUCACCAUCAAGUAUCCCAUCGAACAUGGCGUGGUGACCAACUGGGAUGACAUGGAGAUGAUCUGGGAGCACACCUUCAACGAUAUGCUGCGCAUUGCUCCCGACGAGCAUCCGGUUUUGCUGACGGAGGCUCCGCUGAACCCAAAGGGCAAUCGCGAGAAGAUGACUCAACUCAUGUUCGAGAGAUUCAAUGUUCCGGCCAUGUACGUGGCCAUCCAGGCUGUGCUCUCCCUGUACGCCUCCGGGCGAACCACUGGCAUCAUUCUGGACUCUGGCGAUGGGGCCACGCACACAGUGCCCAUCUAUGAGGGCUUCUCCCUGCCCCAUGCCAUCCUGCGCAUGAAUCUGGCCGGCAGGGACUUGACCGAAUACCUGAUGAAGAUCCUGACGGAGCGCGGUUACUCCUUGACGACCACCGCUGAACGUGAGAUCGUGAGGGACAUCAAGGAGAAGCUAUGCUAUGUGGCCCCGGACUUUGAGCAGGAACAAAUCACCUCUGCCGAGGUAGCUUCUUCGCUAAUGAAGACCUACGAACUGCCCGAUGGCCAAGUCAUAUUGAUCGAGAAUGAGCGCUACCGCUGCCCCGAGGUACUUUUCAAGCCCUCGAUUCUGGGCAUGGAUUCCAGUGGCAUCCACGAAAUCACCUACAAUUCGGUCAUGAAGUGCGAUGUGGACAUACGCAAGGAUCUGUAUGCAAACACGGUUCUCUCCGGCGGCACCACCAUGUUCCCGGGCAUGGCCGAGCGUUUGCAUAAGGAGAUCAGCGCCCUGGCUCCGUCCAACAGGAAGGUCAGGAUUGUGGGGCCGCCGGAGCGCAAGUAUUGCGUGUGGAUCGGAGGAGCCAUCCUGGCCUCGCUCUCCACCUUCCAGCAAAUGUGGAUCUCGAGGCAGGAAUACGAGGAAUUUGGACCCUCCAUUGUGCAUUGCAAGUGCUUCUGACUACUUGAAAGUUCUUAAAUUGAUUUCGUUUUUAAUUUUACAAGAAGGUUAUUGGAAAUUUUUGUU